AUGCGCGAGCUCUGGCAUGGGGAUAUAAUCCAAGUCCGACUCCUGGGAAGCCUACAAAUGUGGCUCGCCUCGCAAUACCAAUUGCCGUCUCGAAUUUUGAAACCUGCAUCGGAGACGCACUCGCAAAAAUGGUCCGAAACUCUGCAGAAUAUCGGCAAUCAGUUCGCACCGCUGAUGGCAAAUCUUCCGGGCGGUAAUCUCUAUGUUUCAACGGUACACUCGUUUUGCUGCCGAUUUUACCCGUACUCGACAUGCAUGAUCUCUGAAAGCAUUGCAGGAGAACGUGAUACGCGGGGCUGCUGA